AUGGGCAUCUUCAAUAAAAGUCUAAUAGGGCUGCUUGUUAUCGGACUUGUCUCCCUUCAAGUAUGUUCCGCCGCAGAUAAGACAGUUGAUAAAACCAGAGAUGGAGAUAUCACGGAUGCCUUGGACGCUACUAAACUUGAAGAACUUACAAAAAACUCAGAGAAGUUUGAGUUCCAAGCUGAGGUUAAUCGUAUGAUGAAAUUGAUUAUCAACUCUCUUUAUCGAAACAAAGAUAUUUUCUUGAGAGAAUUGAUUUCUAAUGCAUCUGAUGCUUUGGACAAAAUCAGACUACUCUUCCUUACCGAUCCUGAAGUAAUGAAAGAGACUGAGGACAUGAGCAUCAAGAUUAAGGCUGAUAAGGAUGCUAAAAUUCUCCAAAUCACCGAUACUGGAGUUGGAAUGACCAAGCAAGAUUUACUCAACAACCUCGGUACCAUUGCUCGCUCAGGAACAUCUGAAUUUUUAUCCAAACUCAUGGACACUACUACUAGCUCUGAACAAAGACAAGAUCUUAUUGGACAAUUCGGAGUUGGAUUUUACUCUGCUUUCCUUGUUGCUGACAAAGUUGUCGUUGUAUCUAAGCAUAAUGAUGACGAGCAAUACAUUUGGGAGUCUGAUUCUAGCAGCUUUACCCUUGCUCGUGAUCCACGUGGCAACACUUUGAAGAGAGGAACCCAAAUCACUCUCUACAUGAAGGAUGAAGCUCUCGAUUUCCUCGAGCCUGAUACCCUCAAAAAUCUCGUACACAAGUACUCUCAGUUCAUUAACUUCAAUAUUUAUCUCUGGCAAUCUAAGACCGAGACUGUUGAAGUUCCAAAGACAGAGUCCAUCGAUGAGAACGGAGCUGUUGAAGAAGAGAAGGACAGCAAACCAGAGAAGGUUGAGAAGACAGUUUGGGAUUUCGAGCGUGUCAACAAUGUCAAGCCAAUCUGGAUGAGAAAGCCCAAUCAAGUAGAAGAUGAGGAGUACACCGAUUUCUACAAGAGUGUCACCAAGGAUACUGAGGAACCACUUACCCAUGUCCAUUUCACUGCUGAGGGAGAAGUUACUUUCCGCUCCAUCCUUUAUGUACCCAAGAAGGCUCCAACCGAUAUGUUCCAAAAUUACGGAAAAGUAUUGGAGAACAUCAAGCUCUACGUACGCCGUGUAUUUAUCACUGAUGAUUUCGCUGACAUGCUUCCAAAAUAUUUGUCUUUCAUCCGAGGAAUCGUCGACUCCGAUGAUCUUCCAUUGAAUGUUUCCCGUGAAAACUUGCAACAACACAAGCUGUUGAAGGUUAUCAAGAAGAAGCUUGUACGCAAGGUUCUCGACAUGCUCAAAAAACUUUCUGGUGUUCAAUUCGAUGAUUUCUGGAAAGAGUUCAGUACUAACAUCAAGCUUGGAGUAAUGGAAGACCCCAGCAACCGUAUGAGAUUAGCCAAGUUAUUGAGAUUCGAAUCUUCCGCAAGCGAAGACAAAUUAGUCACAUUGAGUGAAUACGUCGAACGUAUGCAGGAGAAGCAGGAAGCUAUUUACUAUAUGGCUGGUACUUCCCGCAAAGAAGUCGAAUCUUCUCCAUUCGUUGAGCGUUUGAUUGCCAAGGGAUACGAAGUAUUGUUCUUGACCGAAGCUGUUGACGAGUACUGUGUCCAAGCCAUGCCAGAAUUCGACGGAAAGAAGUUCCAAAAUGUUGCCAAGGAAGGUGUUCAAAUUGAAGAAGGAGAGAAGGCCAAGGAACUGUUCAAGAAAAUCGAAGAGGAAUACGAACCUCUUACUGCCUGGUUGAAAGACUCUGCUCUCGCUGGACUCAUUGAGAAGGCUGUUCUUUCUAAGCGAUUGGUCAAAUCUCCAUCUGCUCUUGUUGCUUCCAACUAUGGAUGGUCCGGAAACAUGGAGCGCAUCAUGAAGAGUCAAGCUUACGCUAAAGCUAAAGAUCCUAGUCACGAUUUCUAUGCUACCCAAAAGAAAACUUUCGAAAUCAAUCAGAGACAUCCAGUAAUCAAGGAGCUCCUUAAGAGAGUUGUCGAAAACAAAGACGAUCCUAAAGCCAAAGAAACUGCUCUCUUAUUAUUCGAAACUGCCACUCUCCGUUCUGGUUUCUCUCUCCCUGACCAGAUUGGAUUUGCCGAGCGUAUUGAGUCCAUUGUCCGUCAAUCUCUUGAUAUUGCAAUUGAUGCUGCUGUCGAGACUGAGGUUGCCGUAGAGGAAGAUGAAGAUACUCAAGCAGAAGAAACAAUUAACGUUGAAGAAGAACAUUCUGAACUGUAA